AUGGACCAUGUCUCCCAGCUAGCCCCCCGCCAGAUUUGGGCAAACCCAACGACAACUACGACGAGAUCUUACGCGCCCGGUUGCACGCCUGUCGUAUUACCGAGUGAUGGAGUCAUCUGGUACAACAAAUCAUUCCCUAUAACGCUCAGCGAAAACGCCAUCUUUGAGCCCGUCUGCACCGGCUCACCGACCGAUGAGGUUCACGUCACCGCCGCCCUCGAUACCCGGGAUCCUUUCUACUCCUCCGUCACGCCACAGUUAUACGCCAUCGGCUGUGCGACCGUUGUCAGCUACCUUCUCGUCAUUAUCCUUCUCAUUACCCCACGGACAUUCUACGUCGGAGGCCCCAGCGGUGGAGCCAAUUUCCUCGGACGCCAUGGCAUGAUCAGCGGCUCGUACAGUGGGAACUCAUCGGUGGUUGGAGUUGGUGGACGGCCAUGGCUACAGAAAGUGGCCGCCAUCCUUGUGGCGAUCUCAUUGACUAUCGCGACGGUGGAUUCUUUCAGAGUUGCAGAACGACAGUACAACUAUGGUUACUCCGAUGCCGAGGCGCUGACCGACGAGGUGAUUGAUGGGCUGGAGAUUCGGAUUGUGCGCGUGAUUUCGAGCACAUUCCUCUGGCUCGCGCAGGUUCAAACGUUGAUCAGGCUGUUCCCGCGACAUAAGGAAAAAGUCAUGAUCAAAUGGGCUGGGUUUGCAUUGAUUGUGCUGGAUACGACAUUCAGUAUAUUGGAAAACUUCUGGGUGAGGAAUUCGUCGAACCGACCCAGGUUGUAUGACGAUGCAAUUCCUGCCUUGAGUUACUUGUUUGAACUAUCACUCAAUCUGCUUUAUGCUGCCUGGGUCAUCUUUUACUCCAUUUCCAAACAUCGUUUCGCCUUCUUUCAUCCCAAGAUGCGGAACAUCUGCCUAGUGGCUCUAUUGUCACUCUGCGCGAUCUUGAUACCGGUCGUUUUCUUCGUUAUGGAUAUUGCCAAACCGGAAAUCGCCGGUUGGGGUACUUAUAUCCGAUGGGUUGGAUCGGCCGCAGCUAGUGUGGUCGUAUGGGAGUGGGUGGAGCGCAUUGAGGCCUUGGAGCGAGACGAGACAAAAGACGGUAUAUUGGGAAGAGAGGUCUUUGAUGGUGACGAGAUGCUUGAUGUGACCCCAUCCGAAGAGGUUGACUGGCCACGAUAUCCAUCACAAGGAAACGACCGAGGUGGUGGGAAUGGCGCAUCUUCUGGAUGGGGCGGCAUGAUGGGCCUGGCCCAUCGCCCUCUCCGGGCUCGAGCUGGACUACCCCGUGUGAACCGCAACAAAGGCACGGGAGCUACUCAAUUUAACCAGGCAUCUGCCACAGCACCACGGGGGCCAAACGAUCGCCCAACACCACCGCCGGCGGCUAUCACGCCAGUCAGUCGUGCAGACACUACCAGUGCGGCAAGUACAGUCUACAACGUCAGAUAUCAUCCAGUUUCUAGUCCCACGCCCCCAGUGGCAAUGCCACACAUGGAGGAGGAGGAAGAACUAGCGGAAGACAAGGAGAUGGAAGGAGAAGAGCACUCCCCCAACGCAGAUGAAAACCGCAUCUCAUCCCAGAACACCCGAGAGCAAUCGCCCCAGAUCGUCCACACAGAUCCACGAUGGCAUGCUCUACUUUACCCUUUCAAAAGACGCCGCGCCUCUCUGCCCAAAGAAGUGGCAUCUGCGCAAGCUGUCGAAGAACCCUCGGACCAUAGACCGUCAGUCGCAACUGGUGGAGAUGGAGAGACAGAGGCCAGCGGUAACCGCUCUCGCGGUGAUCACUUCUUCUCUCUCCGAAGAGUCCGUCCGGGGUCUGGGUCGCAGCAGAACGACGGUCAGCUACAUGUCACUGUGAUCCCGGCGCGUCGACGUGGUCAGCACACAUGGUCCCCGCAGAACCGACUGCUGGAAAGCCAACCAUCUGGAGCAGGAGACAACCGCCCAGUGGAGCAGCCUCGCCACGCAGUGUCCACCAGCCGCCCAGGUCUUCCUGUCCGGGUCAUCCCCUCUCAGCCAUCGGCAUCUGCCCCAUGGACAGAUGCAGAUGUGGAACGAGGAGGCGGGGACUAUAUUUUACACUAUGACCCGGAGACUGCGGCACUGGUUGAUGAGGAUGUCAACCAUCUCCCCUCGAACGGACCUGUUCGGGACUUUGACCAGCGGAGCUGGACAGAUACUACUAUCUCCGAAGAGAGAGAUGAAGGGGAUGAGUCAAGAGAGCAGGCUGAACCACCUAGCGAGUCUCGACCUUCGCCGGCAGACCUCGGGUCUAAUCAGCAUGGACACUCUGAACAAAGAGAUUGA